CGAGUGGGGGUGGGCAGGUGUGCCUGGCUUCCAGUUGACACUGGACCUCCACUUAGCCCUGCGUCUCCGCUUUGGGACCCGACUUGAAUACCAGGACCCCAGAGCUCUGUGUUUUCCUGGUUUGCCAUGAGAAGUUACCUUCUAGUUAACAAGUGUCAUUUUAACCCAGUUAUAGACCCCAGAUGGGAGAAAGCGGGUUCCGCAGUGGCGUGGUUUUGAUAUCGCCUGUGAAGGCUUGAACUUGGGGUUUUCACAGCAGCCUUCGCCAGAGAUCCCUGCCUUGGGACUCAACCUCAAAAGACAAGUGUGCAUGUCCCCAAGCCCGGCACUCCUGUCCCAUGUUUCCGGGUCCUUUUGCAGCUAUUUAGGUUAUUUAGGUAGUUAUUAAGGUUAUUUAGGUAGAUCAUGACCCCUGGCCCAGAAAGUCCCAGACAUCCCCGACUGCUGGCACGCAGGUUUGAUUUUUUUUUUUUUAAGACCCUUAGGGAAUCCGCAGUGACUGUUACUCGCAAAGCCUGGUCCGAGGAGUGAUGCGCUCCUAUUCAGCUCCCCCAGAAGCCCGGGUGUGGCUAGAGGCUGGAAUCCGUAGGGCGGACGCCCCUUGGAGAUCUUGCCUGAAUCCAUCAGGGCCCUGUUUAGCCAUGGGGAUCGGCUUUGCUGGGAACCUGGCUCUCGCGCGCGGGUAGCUUGGCAGGUAGACAGACUCGCGCGCUCUGCUCCCACGAGCGCCAAUUCCGCGGGAGUGAGCGUGCGCGUGGCCCUGCGGUUCCGUGCUCUCUGAGGUUCGCUCUCCCAGGCCGCCCUCUCCAGCUGGAUUCAGAUGAACGAAGCUCCAGGGCCGCUUUGGUCUCAGCAAAUAUUUCAGACCCAUGCAACCUCGCCAGAACGCCUAGAGGCUGGAGCUAGCAGGAGCCCAUAGUUGGGCGACCAAGCUGAGAGUAAACACCGGCCAGCUGCAGCGCCCAGAUGCCCAGCGUCCCUCCUUUUGAACUUCGACGGCUGAGCCACACUUAGCUGCUACCCUUUCGGCAAAGACUGGCAAUAGACUUGUGGAUUUCUAAUUUACCUGUGAAUGCACAGGAUGGAUCAGACCACACAGAAAAGUGAGCUCCUGUAAUCUCUGGGAUUGCAUUCACAGCGGGUCCCCUUGAACCUCGCUGCAUGCUUAGGGUAGGGAAGGUGUCCCCAGCAGUCCAGAGCUUUUCUGGCCAUGUCACCGUUAAUGAUCUGUGACUUAGUGUGGCCCUCUGAGGGUUGCCAGGGCUGCCCAGGGUGGUUUCCAACAGGUGUGUCCUCUCCCUUCCCCAGCCCAACCCAGCGGGCAGGAUUCCCCCAAGCUGAGGUGUUUUGACUUGGCUUCCUCACUCCCACCUCCGCCCCCCACCAGAGGGUGGCCGUCCAGAGCCGGACCUAGCCCCCUUCCCUGGGAUCAUGGUGCUUCUCGCUGAAAAUGUUUCCGAAGGUUCCAACUGCACCCACCCACCAGCACCGGUGAACAUUUCUAAGGCCAUUCUGCUCGGGGUGAUCUUGGGGGGACUCAUCCUCUUCGGGGUGCUGGGGAACAUCUUAGUGAUCCUCUCAGUGGCCUGUCAUCGGCAUCUGCACUCGGUGACUCACUACUACAUCGUCAACCUCGCGGUGGCAGACCUUCUCCUCACCUCCACCGUAUUGCCCUUCUCGGCCAUCUUUGAGAUCCUGGGCUACUGGGCCUUCGGCAGGGUCUUCUGCAACAUCUGGGCGGCGGUGGACGUCCUAUGUUGCACAGCGUCCAUCAUGGGCCUCUGCAUCAUCUCCAUCGACCGAUACAUUGGUGUGAGCUACCCGCUGCGCUACCCCACCAUUGUCACCCAGAGGAGGGGCGUCAGGGCUCUGCUCUGCGUCUGGGCGCUUUCCCUGGUCAUCUCCAUCGGACCCUUGUUUGGCUGGAGGCAGCCGGCACCUGAGGAUGAGACCAUCUGCCAGAUUAAUGAGGAACCUGGCUACGUGCUGUUCUCCGCGCUGGGCUCUUUCUACGUGCCACUGGCCAUCAUCCUGGUUAUGUACUGCCGAGUCUACGUGGUAGCCAAGAGAGAAAGCCGAGGCCUCAAGUCCGGCCUCAAGACCGACAAGUCGGACUCAGAGCAAGUGACGCUCCGUAUCCACCGGAAAAAUGUCCCGGCAGGAGGCGGUGGGGUGAAUGGUGCCAAGAAUAAGACUCACUUCUCCGUGAGGCUGCUCAAGUUUUCCCGAGAGAAGAAAGCCGCCAAGACUCUGGGCAUCGUGGUGGGCUGCUUCGUUCUCUGCUGGCUGCCUUUCUUCCUAGUGAUGCCCAUUGGCUCCUUCUUCCCGGACUUCAAGCCCUCGGAAACCGUUUUCAAAAUCGUAUUUUGGCUUGGGUACCUAAACAGCUGCAUCAAUCCCAUCAUAUACCCAUGCUCCAGUCAGGAGUUCAAGAAAGCCUUUCAGAAUGUGCUGAGAAUCCAGUGUCUGCGCAGAAGGCAAUCCUCUAAGCAUGCCCUGGGCUACACCCUGCACCCGCCCAGCCAGGCCCUGGAAGGGCAGCACAGAGACAUGGUGCGUAUCCCCGUGGGUUCAGGAGAGACUUUCUAUAAAAUCUCCAAGACAGAUGGAGUCUGUGAGUGGAAGUUUUUCUCUUCCACGCCCCAUGGAUCGGCCAGGAUUACAAUGCCGAAGGACCAAUCUGCCUGUACCACAGCCCGGGUGAGGAGUAAAAGCUUUUUGCAGGUCUGCUGCUGUGUGGGGUCCUCGACCCCCAGCCUUGAAGAAAAUCACCAAGUUCCGACCAUUAAGAUCCACACCAUCUCCCUCGGUGAAAAUGGGGAGGAAGUCUAAAGGCUGGGAAAGGUCACAGGAAGAGGGCUAACACUAGGUACUGCUGAUUGCCACUGGGAAGGCCAGUGAGUUAUUGAAGGACAAGCCAGGACCAUUCAAGGAGGUCCCCAUCUGGGAAAGGGGAGAGGGAGGGUACCAGCUCACGGGACAAGUGGGUAGGGCACAGGGUAAGGGGCAGGGUGUCUGGUAACUCAUAGGUUCUGAAUGAUGCAAGGGCCAUUUCCCUUCAGCUCAAACCCUCAGUCAUUCUCUGAUCCUGCUUUCCACAACUGACCCUUUCAACAAGAAAUACCAUGGGAAAGAAAAUUUCAUACACAAUCCAAAAGACUAUAAAUACAGGAUGAUGAUUUCAUUGUGAAUAUUUUGAGCACACACUCUAAGUUUGGAGCUAUUUCUUGAUGGAAGAGAGAGAAUUUUAUUUUCAGGCUGAACCUACUGGCAACUACAUUUGACAUUUAUGGAGCAGGGACCCAGAGAGGAAGGAGUAUAAGGUAGUGGCCAACAUGUUUUUAGGGCAAGUUUGGAAACGCCACCAGAUUCUCAGCUUGGUGAACCUGGACAGGUUUCCCAGGGGUUGCUUUUUGAUGGGUUCCUUAUCCCCAUUUGAAAGUGGGGUGCAUUCUCCAGCCUUGGAUCUAAGGAGCAGAACUAACCCGGGACAGCAUGCUUUCCUCAAGAGAAGGAAACUGAGGCCGCAGUUGCAUGAGCUGGUGAAGGAAGGCUUUCUACUUUUACCUUCUUAAAGAGCAAGAAGCUGGGAUGGGAUGGGUACUAACACCAGGCUAAUGCUCUGUUGUCAUGCAGCUUCUCUGAUGUGACAAACCACUUCCUUUUCCAGAACUCCAUCAUGGAAAUCCAGGACUGGCAGAAUACUGGCUUCCAUUACCUCCCCCUCGCUUCAUUGCUAUGUAGUGAAUGGGGUUCAGCUGUGGCAUGUAGAAUGAGUUGUGGGGUCCAGGUACACCCCUCCUGAGCUUCCCAACAUACUGAUGCUUACCCUCAAACAUUUUAAUUGAUUGCAAAACAACUGCCCAAAUUGAUUCCUAGUUUUUGCAAAACAUUGGGAAAUGUGCUAUUUUUUUUUGCUUUGUGUACACCAAAUCCUUGCAUCCUUAAUAAUUCACAAUAUUAUGAAUGGUGACUAUGGUAAUCACACAUAAAAAUUAAAACAUGCCUGCCAUUCCACCUUAAGAAUUGUAAAAUAAGGUUUAAUGUUUGUGGCAACAACCCUCCUAAGAAUCACAACCAACUGGCCGGGCGGUGGUGGCGCACGCCUUUAAUCCCAGCACUCGGGAGGCAGAGCCAGGCGGAUCUCUGUGAGUUCGAGGCCAGCCUGGACUACCAAGUGAGUUCCAGGAAAGGCGCAAAGCUACACAGAGAAACCCUG